GCCGGCCCGGCCAGGGUUGCCUCAGCGUCGGGGGCGUCCCCGGACUCGAGACCUGGAAGAGCGCGGAUCUCUCACAAAACUGAAAGUAGCCAUUUUAGAGCAAGACGUGGGACACUCAGGUGAAGAAUGGCUUCUCUUUAAGCCUUCUCUUCGUCAAGUGCCGGGGAUGAAAGAUGAGUGAGGACCUUUCGCGCCUUCAGGGAAUCUGGUGGUCGGAGACACAUUGGCUGAGCACACGGUCACAUCCAGGCCACUGGCAAGUCUCUUGGUUUUACCUCCAAAAUAUGUCUUGACUCUGUCUGCUUUGCCACCAUCCCGAGCCUCUCCUGCUUGGACCACUACCUUCAGUCUUCUGGGAGGGGUGUGAAGAUGCUUAAGGAGCGUCCAAGGAUGGCAGAAGACCCUCAGCAGCAGAUGGGUGUUCCUGUGGUAAAGCUAGAGAAAGAGUUGCCAUGGGGCAGGGGAAGGGAGGACCCUAGUCCGGAGACUUUUCGUCUGAGGUUUCGGCAGUUCCGCUACCAGGAGGCAGCUGGUCCUCAGGAAGCCCUCAGGGAACUCCAGGAACUCUGUCGCCAGUGGCUGAGGCCUGAGCUGCACACCAAGGAGCAGAUCAUGGAGUUGCUGGUGCUGGAGCAGUUCCUGACCAUCCUGCCACGGGAGUUCUAUGCCUGGAUUCGGGAGCAUGGCCUGGAGAGUGGCAAGGCUCUUGUGGCCAUGGUGGAGGACUUCACAGAGAGAACAUUGGAGGCCAAGGCGGUUCCAUGCCACAUGCAGGGAGAACAACAGGAGACAGCACUUGGAAGAGGCCCUUGGGAACCAGGUGUCCACCUGGGGCCAGUGGAGAUCAAGCCCGAGUGGGGGAUGCCCCAUGGGGAAGGAGUUCAAGGCCUAGACCAAGGCACUGAGGAGCAACUCAGUCAGGAUCCUGGAGCUGGGACCCAAGCCUUCCAGGAGCAGGCUCUGCCAGUUCUUCAGGCUGGUCCUGGCCUCCCUCCAGUGAACACCAGGGACCAAGAGAUGGCAGCUGGAUUCCUUACAGCUGGAUCCCAGGGAUUGGGGCCAUUUAAAGAUAUGGCCCUGGCCUUCCCCGAGGAGGAGUGGAGGCAUGUGACCCCAGCCCAGAUAGACUGCUUUGGGGAAUACGUGGAACCCCGGGACUGUGGGGUCUCAGCUCCAGGCAUUGGGAGCAAGGAAAAGGAGUCUAAAACCCGUCAGGCAGACCUCAAGGGGGCGCUUGCUCGGGUGACGUCAGAGAGGUUUGGGGAAGCCACACUUCAGAGCCCUGAGCUUGGAAGAAGCUGUGAGCAGGAGCCCAGUAGUUCUGUGGGAAACAUGCCAGGGCCGUCGCCUCCUCAGCAUGGCGUCAUACCCCUGCCGGAUGACCUCAAGACCCACAGCUCCUUCUGGAAGCCCUUUCAGUGCCCCGAGUGCGGAAAAGGCUUUAGUCGGAGCUCAAAUCUUGUCAGACACCAGAGAACUCAUGAAGAAGAGAAAUCCUAUGGGUGCGUUGAGUGUGGGAAGGGGUUCACCUUGAGAGAGUACCUCAUGAAGCACCAGAGAACACACCUGGGAAAGAGACCCUAUGUGUGCAGUGAGUGCUGGAAAACCUUCAGCCAGAGGCACCACCUUGAGGUCCACCAGAGGAGUCACACGGGGGAGAAGCCCUUCAAGUGUGGUGACUGCUGGAAAAGCUUCACUCGGAGGCAGCAUCUGCAGGUGCAUCGGAGAACUCACACGGGGGAAAAGCCCUACACCUGUGAGUGCGGCAAGAGCUUCAGCAGGAACGCAAACCUGGCUGUGCACCGGCGAGCCCACACGGGCGAGAAGCCGUAUGGGUGCCAGGUGUGUGGGAAGCGGUUCAGUAAAGGGGAGCGGCUGGUCCGACACCAGAGGAUCCAUACUGGGGAAAAGCCCUACCACUGUCCUGCCUGCGGGAGGAGCUUCAACCAGAGGUCCAUCCUCAAUCGGCACCAGAAAACUCAGCAUCGCCAGGAGACCCUGGUGCAGUAAGGGUGCCAUGCUGAAAGGCACCUUUUUUGUAAAUGGAAGGUCCUGGAAGGUGCAGGACCUUUCAGGACCACAAAUGGAGGGAGACCUCAUUGGAGGAUGUAUUCGUCUUUACUCACUGAAGGGCUUUGAAGUGGGGGCUGAAGAGUGAUGGGUGCAGAAAGGCACUUUGACCCAUUUUCUUUCCAUUUGUUGAAAACAGAACCAGGGAAAGGCCUGAUUUAUUUUGAGUUUCCAGAGAGCACAGCUCCUCAUGUCUUUUAUCCAAGUGAUGUGAACAGUUUCUCACCGUCUUUUGGGGAAAGGCUAUCCUGAAUUUCAGAGCCUCCUUUGGUGGAACGUUCAUAUCCGCCUCUUGAGCAAGUCUGGUAGUUAAAGCAAAAUUUUCUCCCGUGUUGGAAGCUUAAACCUCAUUUUUAUGAGGGCUGUAUCUACCUGCAAGAUCAUUAGUUCAGACUUUGCCUUUCUUCUUUUCCAUUUAACAAAUAUUUAUUGAACAGCUACUCUGUGCCUGGUGCUGGGAACACAGUGGUGAACAA